AUGUCCGAUCAGAGCGAAUACCUCUCCGACUCCAUGUCCGGCCAGGACAACGGGCUCAGGCCGUUGUCUAAUGCGGACGACUUGUCUCUCGGAAACCCUAACAGCGAUUUGGCUCGUAUCAUGAGCCGUGCUGGCAUUCAAUUAGCCAAUGGAUUUCCAGUCGAUGACGACGAGGACGACGACGAGGACGAGCUGGAUGAGGACUAUUCUGCCGUUGAUCAGGAUGACGACGCAAACGAUUUCCCAUACUGGUUCCGCCGCCCACCCUCCCACAACCGCACAAAGCUGGAUGAGCUGCAUCCUUUUGUUCAAUUGCUCUCCAUAUCUAAUGUGGAAGAUUGUGUGAAAGUGGAGGAAGCUUUCCCCGAGCAGGAGCGUUGCUCUCCCGAUAAGUUCCGCUACCGUCUCAGCAGAUGCCCCGAGCUCAGCCUGGGCCUCUUCACUCUUCCUUUGCUCGCAGAAGGAGAAACAAAACCUCGCCCAACGCUCGUCGGACACAUCAUUGCCACUCGCACUUCAGAGCCCAUUGUGACAGAUCGGUCGAUGCAACUUCCGACCAACUGGAAAAACGAGCGUUGGUCCAUUGAGGACGGACAAGCUGUUGGUCACGAAGAAGGCGGUCGCACUAUUGCCAUUCAUUCGCUUGCUGUGGACCCAAAGCAUCAGGGCAAGCAGGUCGGAAGCACAUUGAUGAAGUCAUAUAUCCACCGUAUUAGAGAGGCCCAGAUUGCUGAUCGCAUCGCGAUCAUUGUACACGAUCACCUGAUCCCCUUCUACGAGUCAUUUGGCUUCGAGUCCCAUGGCCCUAGCAAGUGCCAGUUCGGUGGGGGUAAUUGGGUCGAUAUGAUCUUGGAGUUUGGCCCCGAGCCUCUUGAGGAGUAG